GUCGCUGCUUCCCUCCCCUCCCCUCCCUCCGCGCGCGCUUCGUCUCGGGGUCACCUCGCCGCGGCGGCGGCGCAGGCAAGCAGGGCGGCUAGGGUUUCGCGGCGGCUCCCGGCCGGCUCCGCUUCACCGAGGCCCGCACCGCGCGCUCGCCAGGUGUUCGACGGAAGUUGGGACACCCCGCGACCGGCCGAUGCCGAGCGGCGGAAGGCGGCUGCCGCCGUGGACGUCACCGAGGAGCGCGGGGGCGCCGAGGUGGAGCCCUGCUGCUGGUACCCCAGUCGCGGGCGCGGGUUGCGGCCCGGUCUCGGGCUACCGGACGCCGCCCGUCAGCGCGGGAGGCUGCUUCGGCACGCGCGUCACGCCGCCGACGAGCGGGGGCGCGCGCGUGACGCCGCCGUCGACCGGGGGGUGCUCGUCGCGGCCGCCGAGGCCUCCACCUUCCCUGGACUCGCCCUACGUGCGGGCCAAGCAGGCGCAGGUAAUUGAAAAGGACCCAAACAAGGCAGUUCCAUUGUUCUGGGCAGCUAUAAACAGCGGUGAUCGGAUUGAGAGUGCAUUGAAAGAUAUGGCCAAUGUACUGAAACAAGCAAAUAGGGCUGAAGAAGCCAUUGAGGCAAUAAGAUCCUUUCGUGAUCGUUGUCCCUAUGAAGCUCAGGAUUCCCUUGACAAUAUUCUUCUUGACCUUUACAAGAAAUGUGGUAGGACAGAAGAGCAGAUUGAGAUGUUGACGAUAAAGCUGAGAGUUGUUGAUGAGGAGCUAGCUUCUGGCCGGUGGAAAACAAAACUGUCUAAAUCUCAUGGAAGAGUAGUGUACCUUUCUCUUAGAGAUGAAAAAGCAAGGUUAUUGGGGAACCUUGCAUGGGCCUAUAUGCAGUCUGAAAAUUACGAGGAAGCAGAAAUGCUCUACAGGCAAGCUCUUGCUAUAGAAGCUGACUACAACAAAGAGUGUAACUUAGCCAUCUGUUUGAUGAAGACUGGAAAGUUGGCUGAAGCUAAAUACCUGCUCCAAGCUAUACCUUACAACUGCGAUGAUGAAAGUCAUGUCAAAUCUCUUUCCCGGGCUACUGAAAUGCUUAGGGACCUUGAGUUGCAAUCACUCCCUUCUCCCAUAACUCAGAUGAAGUCCAAAGAAUCGCGGAUUUUGCUUGCUACUGAUGUGGAGAUACUUGAAGAUCCACAGCCACAAACUCUAUCAACUCCUUUGAGUCAACUGAAAUAUAAAGAACCACAUAUUUCAGUUUCAGCAAAUGCAGAGCAACAUGAGAAGUGCAGUUCAUGGUUUCCAUCUCCCAUAACUCAGUUGAAGCGUGAAGAACCACGAAUUUUGGUUACUGUUGAUGCAGAAAAGAAUGAAGGCUGUGCAGAGUUCCAAGAUCUUUCUCGACUCUUCAAUGAUGCUGCUACACCUCAUUCAAUACUUGAAAAACUUCGGAAGCGGUUAGUUAACGAGGCACCAAAAAGUAGCAUUCAUGACCAGAUUCAGACUCAUACUCCAACUGAAUGCUUGCCCAACUCUGAGGGAAACCAUAAUGCUAGCGAGAAUCCUGUGCAAGGGGGCAAGCUAUUGACCAAAGGUGUUAGAAAAACGUGGGCUGACAUGGUGGAUGAGGAGGAGCAACAAUUGGGUGAGGACAAGUCAUGGACUGACAUGGUGGCUAAGGGUGAACAUCAAUUGCGCAAUGACAAGUUAACAGUGGGUGUGGGCACUACUGAGCAAACUGAAAGCAGCAAACAUGCAAGUAAGCAGGAGUACAGAACACCACCACCCUCUCAAGGAAGCAGCACCCUCCACAGACCAGUCAUAGGUGGUCACCAACAAGGUUUUUCAGCGAAUUCAUGGAGACGCAGCAAUUCCAAAAUCUCCACGGAUAACAAAGUGAACUGGGAUCUUGUCAGGGCUGCUCCAACAUGGAGCAAGCAUAAGGUACAGGAUCACAGUGGUCGAGUUUGCCAAAGGCCUAACGCAGCUCAUCUCAAGGAGAACACUUCAGGCAGCAAACAAGCACCAUGGAGAAGCAGCGCAUCUCAGCGUGCGCUUUUUCCUGACUGGAAAUCAAAGGGUGAAGGAUAUGGCCAUGGUUAUGUGCCGUUUGGUGAUAAUGAGCACUCUCAGGGUUCUAGUCGCACUGAGGCCACUCAUCGCUGGCAUAAUAAUGCGGCAGGUACAGUGUCAUGGAGGCCACAGAACCGUCUGCGGGUCUUCCAGGAAAUCACAAAUGAGAUCAACCAAAAUGUUGUGUAACCAUGUCCGUGUUCCUCGCCGUUGAUGGAAGUUCUUUCCAGUAGAAUGUUGUUUGAACUACAGAGAGAUUGGUCAAAUGGUUCGGUUCUGUUUUUGAGACUCAGAUCUAGAGAAUACUCUCCAAAUACCAUCAUAACCAAUCAUUCGUAGUUCUAGCAAGUUGACGAAUCAUACCGAUCAUCAUAGCUGUAUAUAUUUUCCUUGUCACUAUUGUGCCAAAGUAUCUGUAAAAACUGCUACCUGGUUACCAAUUUCUCACAGCAGUCACUGUUUUGUGACUGGGGAGAAUCUUUC